UUAAGUACAUGUCAAAAGACGACGACGCCAACUCAGUCUAGCAAAAAGGAAUUUGUAAUUCGUAUAUUGGGGAAGACUUAUCUGUAAACAGUGAAUGUAAACAAUACUCAUAACAUGUGUCUACACCUUUAACUGGGAAGAUCUCGUCUAUAGAUCUCUGAAAAUGGGAGACAAACAUAUGGAUAGUCAAUUGGUUACCCAGGCUGUUAAUUAUCAUGGGCACCAGCUACUGAAGCAGUUGACAGCCGCUCAUUUUUCUGAGAUCAAGAAUCUUGACCUGAAGAAUGUUGACUACAAAGUGAGCCAAGCUCGUCUCCCUGAAACUAAGCGACACAAAGCCAUUCAGCCAUUGCUGUUUAAUUUUAUUUACCAGAAAGCAGACAUCCUGUAUCAAGAGCGACCAAUAACCCCAUAUUUAGUAGAGCAGGACACUGACUUUGGUGUGAAAGAUCGCAAUGAGAAUAUGCCAACCCUUGACCAUUUUAUGAAAAUUCCUCGUGAUUUAAAGAGAAAUGUCUUUUUUAAGAGCGUCAAACAAGGUGAUAUUUUGGUGGUUAGAGUGGAUAUGCACAAAGAAACAAGCCAUCUAGUGACCAUUCUAGCAAGGUUAGGUAAUACUCCCCGAGAUUUUAGUGGUGCUAACAUCAAAGCUCAGCUACGCAAUGAAGAUACUAAACCUGAUCCAGAUUGUACAGUCAAUGGUAAAUGGGCACUCAGGACAAAGCUUUGUGUUGAAGUUCUUGCUGUUGAUGCAAGUGACGAGUAUGUUUUGGUGGGCACAAAAGGAAUAACACUACCUGACACUUCAGCAGUCAGAUUAGGGAGGGCAAGUCAAGCUAUCAAACCACCUGUUCUUAAGUUGAUUGAAGAUGGAAAGGCGUCCUAUUCUCAGGCAUUAAGAAAGUUAAAGACUUUCAAAAAUCCCAGAUCAAUCAAGCAUUUGUCCAAGAAAUUAGGUAUUGACUUAUUUCAGCAUUCAUCAUUAAUGAAGACACUUAGAGGAAAGUUCCCUGAGAAGGAAAUGUACUUGCCAUUGAGAAAGGCCCAGAUGACCCUCUGGGCCCAUAAAUCUGUGAAAGAUGGAGUUACGUACUUCAGAAAGGGGCAGACUGAAGAGGCAUACCAGUGUCUUACCAAAGCUCUAGAUAUUGAUGAGGAAAAUGUGGAAGCUUUUGUAGCUAAAGGAGCUUUGUUGGGUAAUUUAGGAAAAUUUGAAAAAGCAAUCGCAGACUUUGAACAAGCACUGAAAUAUAAUCCAAAUCAUACCAAUGCCAGAAAUUAUAUCUGUGAGACACUGGUGGAAUAUGGGAAACGACUUGAGGAAGACAAUGAAAUGGAAAAGGCUGAAAAUCAGUACAAAAAAUGUUUGGAAAUAAAAAGUGACCAUCGGGCUGCACUGGAAGCAAUGAAAGCUAUAAACAUCAAGCUUGGACGUAUUCCAGGAAAAGAAGAGGAACCCGCCCUAGAGUCUGUGCUUCUGGAUAUGAAGGAAUUCGAGUUGCAGUUCAAGGCGAAAAAACAACUGGAUGAUGUGCAGGUGGAGCUAAACAAAGCUCCAAUUGUAGAAGUAGAAGAUGACCCAGUGCUGUACUUUGCCAAAGUAAAGGAAAAUGUUGCAGCAUUGAAAGCCAAGUUUAAGGUUCCAUCAUUAAGCAAAAAUAAAUCGCCACCAAACAGUCCUCCUAUUGAGGGUCCUUCAUUGCCAGCAGAGUCUCAAGAAGGUACCGAUGAACUUAGAGAGGAGUCACCACCAAAACCAGCAAGCAAGUCAGAUGAAAGUGAACGCAAAUCAUUAUCACCUCUAUCAACAAAAUUUGCCAUGCAGGAGGGGCAGUGGCAACCACCCCCCUAUAUCGAUACAAAUUCUUCAUUUAUGCCAUCAUCUCUAGAAGGAAGUGUUGGUGUACCAUCAUCAACUAUUCCUUACUCAAACUACGGUUAUAUGCCUCAAGUUGAUUUAACUGUGCCUCCUCCUAAUUAUCCUUAUCUGCAUUAUCCCCCACCAGGUUUUCAGAUGACGCAUACUCAAGGUGUUAAACCUACUAAAGAAGAUGAAGAUUAUAAAAAGCGGGUAGAUCAGUUCAUAAAGCAACUAUCUGUUACUAGAAGUAGCAGUCAGGAGCACCGGAAGAGGAAAUCAAGUAGCCAGGAAUCAAGGCACAAGAAAAGGAAGCCGAAUAGUAAGCGCAAAAAGAGGAAAGAAUACAAGAAGAAGAAAAGAAGGAGAAGUCGAUCUCUCAGCAGCAGCAGCAGCGGCAGUAGCAGCAGCAGUAGCAGCAGCAGCAGCAGCAGCAGUAGCAGUAGCAGCAGCAGCAGUAGCAGCAGCAGCAGUACCAGCAAGAACAGUAGUUCUUCUAGCAACAGUUCCCGUCGCAAAAGGAAGAAAAAUAAGAAAACUUUAGCCAAGAUGGAGAAUGAUGUCAAGAAGAUAACAAAAGAAGAGGCAGAUGUGAAAGAAAACACUGUACAGGAGAAAGUGAAAGAAGAUUCAAUUGCAGAAUUGCAGCAUAUCGAAAAGUUGCUUUCUGCUCAUUACAAGAAAAUAGAAGAGUCACAGAAGGCAACAACAAAUAUGUUGCAUGCAGUAGCAAGUAGUUGUUAAUUGUUAGAAAGAGGAGACCUAAUUGGCCACGUAUGAACUGACACCGUUGAUUUUGAGGAAGUGAUGGAAAGAGCCAAGGGUACUGAUCUGAUUUUGAGAGAAAGCAAGAAGGCAAAGAAAGAAACACUUCCAGUAGAAAAAAUACACUUUGUACAUAAAUGUAAUGAGGAGAAUGAAAAAAAAAGUGCAAGAGAAUGUGACAUCAGAAGUGUAUGCUGAAAACUAUUCAAAGAAGGAAAAGAGCAAUUGUUAUGUGAUUAGCUGCUGUUGAUAAAGAUCACAAAGGAUGUGUUCUGAGGGAGGGAUCCUGAAGAGCAAACUGCAAGGACCACCUCCUGGGACAAGACAAAAACAUGGAGUCUACUGCAAAUUACCACAAAACCAGUUACUUUUCCAGGCCAUGCCAGCAAGAUGAAGUUAUUAAAGAAAACUUGAGAGGGAACCUUAAGGAUGAUGAGCCCUUAACUCUGAAAGAUGUAUCAACCCUGCAAUGCUGUGGGCAGCAUCACUAGUUGUAUCAAACAGACUUCAAGUAGGUCAAAAGGGCAAAAAAAUGCAGCAAUUUCCUCUCCAGUGGCUGCUUUUGAAAAAAAUUGAGAUACGCAUUUCAAACUGAUAGCCACUGAGAUAUAGGUUAAAAGGAAUGGCAGCAAGGGCUGUGUGAUGACCUGAGGGACAAUACAUAGACUGGGGUAGAGAGCCCAAUACAGUGAAGAAGGGCAGCACACAGACUGGGUAGAAGGCCCAAUAUAAGAAGCAUGGACUUGGGAAAAAAUAUUCCAUCAAGGGCUGGAGGAAUUGGAAACCAUAUGCCCUGAUACUUGACAUUGGCAAAAAGCCUGAAGUAUAUCCUGAUGGCCAUACUCAGAAAAAAUUCAGUGGAGCAAAGAAACCCUUCGAAGAACAGGAGGAUAGGACAAAAAAAUCUCAGAGAAAUCAGUCAAAGGAUCCAGUGUUGAGUGCCAUCAUUACCCCCAAAUACAGUGCUAGAAGGAUAGUAAAGAAGACAAUUGGCCACAGUAGUUGGCUGUGACCCACAUUGAGAAAAAGAUAUAUUGUUACAAAGAAACUCAGAAAUUAAGACCCCUAGCUGAAAGCUUCUCAGUCUUUGUAACAGUUGGUGUAUGAGAGGUAGGAGGCGACAGUAAAAGUUAACUUCUUUGGGAACUUUUACCCCAACCAAUGAAAAGGGCUGAGGGGGCUGACACUAAUGGGAACUCAAGAAACAAGGAGCAGAAGAGGACAUCUAGGCAGAGGCAGGCUCAAGAACCAGAAGUUGAAAGGGAAAAGUAACAGUGAAAGAAAUAGGAAAAUAUCCAUUGUAAACUUAUAAGUCUGUUUUCGAUCCUGCUAGUCAGGACAUAGUUGAGCAUGUCUCCCAACACCAACACGAUCACUUGCAUUCGGAGUGAGUCACGAACAGUUACAUAACAAAGACAUGCCCAACAGGGAUGAAAUACCAAUUGAACCCUGGCUCUAACUAGUGCUGCCAAAGGCAACUAAAAUUCAUCAGUAAGAGAGAGAGAGAUUGGCUAACCCAAUCUCUAAACUCUAGUCACUCAUGUGUGGGUGAAGUUCUCAUUGCAGACAGAAGGACUUAACCAGUCCCUCCAGACCAGCAAUCAAACGAUGAGCAUGGGAGGCAAGGCAACCAUAUAAAGGUUAGUGUAGGAAAUACUAAGCCUGGAGAACAGAUGGUAUCCAGAAAACCUCUUUGAAACAACGAGUGGAAAGAGAAAGGCAACACCCUGCGUUCUACGGAUUGACAAACACUGCUGAAGACAGUGUCUACAAAGCACAAGAAAAAAGGCCCAAGACCUGAGCAUUCUUAGGAAAGACCAACAUCACCAUCUUGAUGAUCUGCACAGUCUCCAAAGCACAAGAAAAAAGGCCCAAAACCUGAGCAUUUUGAGGAAGGACCAAUAUCACAUCUUGAUGAUCUGCAUAUGUGUUUACUCUGCUGGAAAAGUCAGUUGCUUGAGCUUAUAAUUUUCACUGAUCUACUGUUCACUUCCUGCCACACCUACAUGUGCUUUGUAUAUAUGAUCUUGUAAGACAUCAUCUGUCCAUAUUUUAUUAGUGAUCAGGGGCACAGAAGGAAGUGCUCGAAAUAUAUGGUUGCAAUGUCCAAA